UCAAAAUAAAUAAAAUGCACACAGUUAAAUAAAAUAGUUCUUUUUUUAAAAAAGUGUCUUAAAAAUAUAUAUGGGAAUAAUUUUCGUAGGGAAGCACCGCUUUUAUGGUUUUCAAUUGAGUAUUGGUUACAUUCAAAUCGUAUGUGAGAUCGUGGGAGAUAGCUAAGUCAAAACUAAGGACAGUGAUCCAUUUUCUUUACCUAACACGAUUGAAAUAUAAACUCAAGACAGAUCUUCAGAUCGAGGCCUAGCAAUCGUGCCUGGCAAGAAAAAUUUACAUUCAUAAAGGGCUUGCUGUGCUAAGAGGAAAUCUAUAUGCUAUUUAGCACAUUAUGAGAAUUUAAAGGUAAGGAGAGCCCUGGUAAGUAUAAGUUGGUAAAUGCAAAUUAGAACUACUGACGAGGUAGUUACGAGGUAGAGAUGGGUGUGAUGAACAGUGCAGAGAAAUCAUAUUUUCACAGACCUAAGUGGGAAAUGGUCACCACCACUACCUAGCUUUGUGGCCUUCAGUGAGUUGCGUAACCUGUCUGAUCCUCAGUUGCCUCAACUGCAAGAGGAGAUUUUUAAAUUAUACGAGAGUACUUCAAAAUGUUUGUGAAAAACAGUAUUAAAAUAUGAGGUUAUUUUGGUACAGAAACAUUUUUGAACUCCAUGCACAGAUUUUUCAUAGUAUGCGUUCUCCGUCAACUUUUUGAAGACCCCUGCUGUAUCAAACCAACCCCUGGGAGACUACGUUCCUGACCACCUCAGCUAUGGUGCUCUCUCCUGUGUUCCGAGCCUGCCAUAGCUCUCACCACUUGUUUUUUCCCUGCCUCUCAGACUGUGAGCCCCUUGAGGACUGUCACCCCACAGGAGACAGCCCCACGUGUGCAAAGUUUACCAAAGUGCAGAUCCUGGAGCCUGACGCUGAGCAGGUGCUGAGACAUGUUGCUCGUAUCAGGGGCGUGACCCCUGCCACCUACUCAACCCAGCUUAGCCAGCGGUAGCCUAUCAGUGUGUUUAUUGGAAAUAAAAUAUUGUGAGAGUGUAGGCAUCGCUCGGGCCGAAUGAAGCCUGCAGAACCGGUGAUGGGAUCCCAGUGACCAGGGACCUCCUGUGAGUGGAGUCUUCUCCCUCUCUUUGGAAGCUGCAUGAGAUGAAGCAUGAAACUCGGGGCCAUGGUGUUUUACUUACAGAUUUGAUGCAAGAGCCUUAUUCCUCCGGGCAAGUGACAGAAAUGUGAUGAGGAGGGCUGAUGCAGGAAGGAGAGGCAGCUGCUCUGUACCAUCUGCUCCCUUCUUGCCAAAUAAAGAAUCUGAUGACCUGAUUACACAUGCACAGCGUGGACUUCAAAGUCCGGCUUCUUCUGGCCACACGUGUUCCUCGCUACCUUCCUGCUCUCUGAGAACCUCCAGCUUUACCUUCCUAUCUGGACCCAAAGGCUGGACAGUCCAGCUCAGACUAGACCUCCAUGGAUCCACUCCAGAAAUGGAAACCAGCGUCGAGUUCAGAGGCUCUGCAGAUGAUCACUGCCCAGAUGGCCCAGGAAGGCACAGCCACCCCUCAGCCCUCCUGCUCAGAACAGCUAACAAAGGGCCUUAGUAACCCGAGUCCCGGUCCUGGCACUGACCUUCCUGGGCCUCUACCAGAGGGGCUGCUCCAGCAGCGGUACAGAGAGGAGAAGACCCUGCACGAGAGGCAGUGGGGGAGGCUGGGGUUUCCUCAGAGACAGAAAACAUUUCUGGGGCACAUGAGACGGAGACACCGUGAUCACAUGGCACCUUACCCGGUAGAAAAGGAAGCCAGAAUCCCUCCCUCAGGAGUUAGAGAUCAGAAUCGGUUCUGCUGUGAGUGUCGAUACUGCCAGAGCCAGCGGCCACCUAUCUCUGGGAUCUCGGGGGAGAGGAACGGGGCCCCACAUGCUUCCUCCUGGGAGACACUAGUGCAGGGCCUCAGCGGAUUGACCCUGAGCCUGGGUACCAACCGGCCCAGUCUCCGGCCAGAAGGGGCACUCCCACAGCAGGAGAGCGAGGAGAGGUGCCAGCUAGAGAGGCGGCAGGAGAGCAAAAGAAUGUUCCAGAGGCUGCUCAAACAGUGGUUAAAAGACAACUGAGAUGCCCGUCCUCCUACAUUGGAGAUCUGAGGGGAUUCAGACCUAGAUGCUGUGUUGCCAGCUCCUGGGUAUGAGUGCCUUUGGAGACCAAAGAGUAAGCCAUAGUGGGAGGCCUACCAAGACCCAUGAGGGGACUGGAAAUCCUGCCAGCGUGAGUUAUGCUCCAGGUCCACAAGGUCCCUGUCCUCGAUGGACGCUGUGAGACCCUCUGGAGCAAGACCAGUGGUCUUCCCCUUAUCUCGUUGGACUCCCGCAAUGGACGUCGUCACGUUGUUCCCACCCCGGAUCGCGGUCUUUCCUCCCUGCUUCGUUGUCAGUGAGAUACACAAUGUCUAUGUAGCAUGAAUGCCUUGUCUGCAUCCCCGUGCUCUUGUGCCAUCGAAUCGGCUGUCCCUGAGCAGCAGCCCUGGGUCUGUUAGACAUGUGCACUGUGCCUCACUGAGAUCCAGCUUCAAGAGUCUGAAGCUGAACCAAACAUGGGGAAGGGGUGUGGAAUGGGAACUUGCUGGUUGCCAUAUACCGUUUGUGUAAACUAUUAUGAAUAUGCAAAGCUAACUGUAAGUAAAUGCUGCCCUGCUCCAUAACAACCGAGUAGUGUUCCUCCUCUCGGGAAUUGCUGCAGUGAGGAGUGCCUCAUCGUCAAUACCAAAUAAAUACACAGCUGAAAGGAACGUAACUUUAGAAUUCAGGUUCAUUUAUCAAGAGUGGUGUGUUUCUGGUCAGAUCUCAGGUCUCUUUCCUUUAAGUCCCCCAGCAGCGGGU